AUCUGGCAAUGUCAAGCAGACGACUCUCAAGCUCUACAGAGAAUUCAUUUGACGUUCAGGAAUAAUUCAAAGUCAAAACUGUAAACAAGAGAUUUUUUUAAAUAACAGUUUGUUUUUGUUAAAUAAUGGCAGACUUGCUUUCGUUUUCUGACGAGGUUUUAUGUCGCAUACUUGGGAGUAUUUCUAAGGUUAAAGACUUGCAUAACGUUAUGCUAGUAUGUCACCGAUUCCUACAUGUGAUUAAAAGCUACAAUAGAUUGUGGAAAUUUGAAAAGAAAGUGAAAAAUAUGCUUCAGGGAUUAUCCUCUAAAUAUUUUUUAAUUGGUGAACCCUCUCUUGUAGAAGUAGAAAAUAUGGUUAAUAGUGAAAGUCAUGCUCCAGAUGAGUGGAUGGAAAGUGUUCUUCAAAAUGAGAUAUUUAAUCAGAACCUGAAUGAAAAUUUAACUACAAGAUUUUAUGCCCGGAAAAUGCUGAGGUAUUUUAGAAGUUGUGUUAUUGAGAAGAAAUUAAAACACCUGAUGGAUUUACCAGAAUCCCAGAAAUCCAUAUUAGAAGGGGCUGUCUUGAUUUCACAGUGGGUCCAAACAGAACAAGAGCACUUAAUUAGUUUAAUUGAGGUUGAAUUAAAACUUGAAGACAUUACAAAAUGUGUAAAGCAACAUUUGGUUGAAAAGUCAGACACAUUUACAGCCAAAGAAAUACUGGAAUGUAUUAACAAAGUUUUGUAUCGUGAAAUGGAAUUCAAAGUCAUGCAGUCUGAUUACUCAUUUGAAUAUUUUUUUAUUGACAAGGUUCUUGAAUCGAGAAUUGGCUUCCCCGUGACUCUUUGUAUUAUCUAUCGAGAGGUAGCCAAACGAAUGGGAAUUUACUGCGAGCCUGUUUUACCCCCCAAAAUUCUCUUGCAUCGUUUUUAUCUUAAGUGGAACGCAAACCCAAAUCUUGCAGGGGACACUGACUGUAAUCAAUUGAUUGACCCAGCAAAUGGCGGUUCUUUGCAUUACUUCCAUCCGACUACGUGUCCAGUCGUUUCAACUAAAGAAUUUUUACAGAGAAUGGUGGAAUAUAUGCGUAGAAUCAGAUUACAAAGUAUUAGGUCUGGAAGAAGAGAAGGUCGAGACAGAACCCACUUCCAAAGGAGACGAAACGAACUGUGCUUUUCUCGAUUGGCCUGUGCCGUUUCUCCUGACCAAACUUCUUCGAUCCUUCUCUAUGCGCACCUCUGCUUGGAUCUUGACGUCCAGCUAGAAGAUGCAGUUCGGCUCCUUCAGCAAGUUGAAACGCUGCACGAUCAUCGACUAAUGGAAAAAUGCAUUCAGAAAUUAAACCAGAAAAAUUCGCUAGUCACAAAAAAAGUAAAAUUUGCUCACCAGAAGGUUAUCCACCUUCGAUCAUCAUCCGUUAAAUACGCAGUGGGACUUGUCAUGAUAUACAAAGAUAGCGCUUGUAAGCCACCGUUACUGUGUGUAAUCGACUCCUGGACACACCAUGAUCCAGACAGAAUAUUUUAUAACGUCCUUUUCGACGAUGGGGAUUCUUCCUUCGUUGCUGAAGAUAAUUUAAAACUAAACACUAAUGUGUCGUUCGUCAGCAGCCAUCCGAAUAUCGGGCUUUCUUUUGAACGUUUCAACGGCCGCCGAUACAUCUCCAAUGCUGAGAUGAUGACCCUCUUCCCAGACGAUGAAGCCUUUGCUCUUUCUCUGGUCGGAUAAAAUUAUAUGUAUUAUCGUAUCGCAUUAUGUAAUUGCCUGCCUUUUACUUACAUAAGCCGCUACACAGUGCCAAAUAGUUUCA